CCAACUCCACACAAAUCGUCACAAUUAUAUACAUACAUACACAACUGCAAAGAUAAAUAAAACUCGAUCACUGGCAACAAUGGCGGCAGCUAAUAAGCUUGUCUCAACCGGCGGCGGCCGCAGCCUUGUGCUCACUGUCAUCUUCGUCAUUAUCACUGUUGCUGCUCUCUCUUCUUCCUCCAUUGCCAUGGCUGCAACAGCUGCUUCCAAUGCUAAGCCGUCCAAUCUUGAUCUUGCAAGCUAUGGGGCGGGAAGUCUAAGGCCUUCACAGUGCCUGCCGCAAUGUACGAGGAGGUGCAGCAAGACGCAGUACCACAAGGCGUGCAUGUUUUUCUGCAAGAAAUGCUGCAACAAAUGCCUGUGUGUGCCCCCCGGCUUCUACGGCAACAAGUCCGUCUGCCCUUGCUACAACAACUGGAAGACCCAACAAGGUGGCCCCAAGUGCCCUUAAUUACAUAUUCUAUCUAUAUAUAAUGUCGGCACACACACACAUAUGAAGAAGCUAAGGUUGCCGGCCGGCCUUCUUACUUAUAUAUGCUGUAUUAUCUUUAAUUUGUAAUGUUGCACUACAUAUGAUACACUUCUCCAUUAAUGAAAGUAUCCUUAUUUAUUACUUCUCCAAACCAUAAUAAAUGGGUUGAGAAUUGAUAAAUGUCAAUCCACUUU